GUCUGAGCGGGGUCGGGUUCGCCCCAGGGCGGGGUGGAGACACCCCCACACGGGCAGCCUGCACCCUGCUGUGCGCGCAGAGGGCCAGGAUGGACAGCAGACUUUGUCCGUGGCGGGCCCCGGGGCAUAGUUCCGGCAACGACGGAGGGUAUCUGAAGAGGAAGCCCCGCCGCCCUCCGCCUGCCCCUGGAUCUCGGCGGGGCCACCCCGCAGUUCCCGUCACGUGCCUCCCCACAGCCCAAUCAGCGCCCGCAGCGCGCCGGCUCGCAAUUCAAACCGCGGCGCCGCCGGCUCGCGGGGAUCGGCUCGGGCCGCAGCCGCAGGGGCGUGCGGGCCAUGGAGCACCGCAUCGUGGGGCCUGGGCCGUACCGGGCCACCAGGCUGUGGAAUGAAACAGUUGAGCUUUUCCGUGCUAGGAUGCCAUUACGGAAACAUCGCUGUCGUUUCAAAAGUUACGAACGUUGUUUCACAGCGGCUGAAGCUGUGGACUGGCUCCAUGAGCUGCUGAAGUGCAGUCAGAACUUUGGCCCCGAAGUGACCCGCAAACAAACGGUCCAGCUGCUAAAAAAAUUCCUGAAGAAUCAUGUUAUUGAAGACAUCAAGGGAAAAUGGGGUCAGGAAGAUUUUGAAGACAACAGUCACCUGUACAGAUUUCCUCCUUCCUCGCCCCUGAAACCAUAUCCAAAGAAGCUUCCGUAUCAAAAGGAUGCUAUUCAGUUUCCAGAAUGGAAUGACCCCCCACCAGGCACUUCACAAGAGAACAUCCCAGUGCGGCCAGUUGUGAUGAGUUCUGAUAUGUGGUUCAAGCGUCAUAGUAUUGCUAUUGGAGAGGUGCCGGUGUGCCGUCUUGUCCAUCGCAGACAGCUGACAGAGGCCAAUGUAGAGGAGAUAUGGAAGUCUAUGACGUUAUCUUAUUUACAGAAAAUCCUUGGCCUGGAUUCCUUAGAAGAAGUUUUAGACAUUAAACUUGUCAACUCCAAAUUUAUCAUCCAUAAUGUAUAUAGUGUGAGCAAGCAGGGAGUUGUUAUCCUUGAUGACAAGUCAAAAGAACUUCCUCAUUGGGUUCUGUCAGCUAUGAAGUGUUUGACAAAUUGGCCUAAUUGUUCAGAUUUGAAGCAGCCUAUUUACUUAGGAUUUGAAAAAGAUGUCUUUAAAACUAUAGCAGAUUACUAUGGUCAUUUGGAAGAGCCUCUGCUUACAUUUCAUCUUUUUGAUGCCUUUGUCAGUGUAUUAGGUUUGUUACAGAAAGAGAAAAUGGCCAUUGAAGCAUUUCAGAUUUGCUGCCUCCUCCUGCCGCCUGAAAAUAGAAGAAAGUUACAGUUAUUGAUGAGGAUGAUGGCAAGGAUCUGCUUAAAUAAGGAGAUGCCGCCACUCUGUGAUGGCAUUGGCACCAGAACACUGAUGGUGCAGACAUUUUCCUGUUGCAUCUUGUGUUCCAAGGAUGAAGUGGAUUUGGAUGAGUUAUUAGCUGCUAGGUUGGUGACGUUUCUGAUGGAUAAUUGCCAAGAGAUUCUGAAAGUCCCUUUGGCCUUGCAGACCUCCAUAGAGGAGCGUGUUGCUCAUCUACGAAGAGUCCAGAUUAAAUACCCAGGAGCUGAUAUGGAUAUCACUGUAUCUGCUCCAACCUUCUGCCGUCACAUCAGCCCAGAGGAGUUUGAAUCCCCGAGAGCGCAGGGCCCUCAGGAGCCUCUGGCUGCCUUGCUGGAGGAGGUCAUAGCAGAUGCCAAACUCUCCAGCAAAGGCAAGAAGAAAAGACUGAAGCAGUUUCAAAAGUCCUAUCCUGAAAUCUAUCAAGAACGAUUUCCUACACCAGAAAGUGAAGCACUUCUGUUUCCAGAAAAACCUAAACCGAAACCACAGCUGCUAAUGUGGGCACUAAAAAACCCUUUCCAACCAUUUCAAAGAACUAGAAGUUUUCGGAUGUAAUACUUCUGUAGCUGUUCAAGAUUUCUGUUUCUGUCUUGAGCAAAUGGGUGGUUAGAGAACGACUGUGGUGGUAGAAGAAAGAAGAGCAGAAAUAUAAACUACUGAAAUAAUAAAGAUUAUCUCACCUCAGAAAUUGUUGAGCCAUUGUCAGUAUUUUCAUAAACCUCAAUGCUAUUUUUAAAGUGUACAAAUCAGUUAAAAAUUGUGAGACAAAUAUAUAAUAGUAAUGUUAACGUGUUUGUAAUUGUUACAAAAUUUAAGGAAAUUUUCAUUUCUUAAUUUGUUGUUUUUCAUAGUGUUUGCAAAAUAAUUGUGUGCGCAUCCUACUUAUUAAUGUUGUUGUUAGAACCAAGUCUCAAGAAUAGUAUAUAUACUUGACAAGACAGACACUGGGUACUGUUACUGUGAUGUUAUUAAUAGCCAAUUGUGAUUUCUCCUGUGGAAGUUCUAGUUUUCACUGUUGCACAAAGAUUCUUUAUGUCCUAUAUUAUGAAGACUGUAUCUUCUAUUGCAGAUUUGUUGACAGAGUUUAUGAAAGCUGGUUCUUUUAUAACAUGUACUUGCUGGGGUUUGCCGUAAGUGGAGUAGAUUUUCAACUGCAUAUAGUGGUAUAAUUCCAGUCUUGGCUCAAGAUGGAAAAUUGAACUGGAUAAAUUCUUUCAGUCCCUUUAGACCUGUGAUUUUAAGUCAGAUCUUUAUUGUUUUAUAUAACACAUGAAUGGGUUAAGUAAAAUAAGAUUACUUCCUUUAUAAUUUUAUUUUCCUCAGCUUCCUUAUCCUAAUGAAAGUAAGUGGAAUGUCAAUAAAUGCUGUCUUUUUUACUGUA